AUGAAGACGUUCGGGCUUAUUGCUUCGUGUUUCUGGCUUGCACAAUUCAAACUAUGCAGCUCCCAUCAAGAGAGAUCCCUCUUAUCUUAUAUGAUAAAAGAAGAGACAGCCAAAUCUUUCCUAGCCACUUCUAGAAUCAACAGGAGAAGUGCUGAGUUGUGUGCCAACGAUGAAUGGGGUUACUGUGAGGUGAAUAAAGACGAAUGCCGAAAACAUGUUGAAAGUACACGUGAAUCACGCUGCCAAUCCGUUUCCUGUCCGCCCGGAAUGACAUGCUACAUGUCUACACCCUGUCCGAGCCAUUUUGCAACCGAAUGUGAUCCAAAUCCCUGCCUUGGAAUGCCAUGUGAGAAUGGUGCCACUUGUACAACAGUCGGUACGAAUUACACGUGUACGUGUAAGCCGACCUACUACGGGCACACCUGCUCAUACGUGGACGCCUGCCACACAUCGCCUUGCGAAAACGGCGCAACUUGUCAUAGGGAUGGAUCAAACUUCAACUGUUCCUGUACAAAUCGAUUCACUGGAUCACAAUGUACCCAAGAUUGUAGACCAGGACCAGCCGAUAUCGUCAUCAUAUUGGAUGGCUCAACUAGCACCGAGCAAGUGUUUAAUUCUUCCAGACAGUUUGCCGCAUCGUUUGUGGAAGGCUUGUCCAUAGACUCAGAUGAUUUCCGAGUAGCAAUGCUUACAUAUUCAGUAGAUGUGCAUGUGGAAUUCAAUUUUACAACACAUACAAACAAAUCGUCUUUGCUUGCUGCUAUUAAAAAUGUUUCCAGUAGGACAGGCAUAUCAUACCUACACACAGCUCUGAUGAAAGCCCAGAAGAUAAUAAUUUCCGAAUCAUCACCAGGAGUGCAGAAAUAUGUCCUCGUGGUAUCCGAUGGGCUUUCCACUCGUCGACAAGAAGCCAUAGGGCAGUCUCAAUUACUAAGAAAUUAUGGUGUUAAGGUUCUUUGCGUGGGGAUCGGAAGGCAGGUAGCCCAAGAGGAACUACUGCAGAUAGCCUACGGUAUUUCUUAUGUCUUCACUUCAGACAACAAUGACGCCCUCAAUGCUGUUCUUAUGGAGACCGCAGACACAAAUUGCAUAGAUUGCGUCCUGAAUAACGCCUCCGAUAUUGUAUUGCUGGUAGAUGUGUCUAAACACCAGAACAAUCAACUACAGAGAACACUAGACAUGAUUAGAUUCUUUAUACAACAGACCCGGGCAUAUAUCUCCGACACAAGGUUUGCUUUGGUCACAUUCGACGUUCGUCAACAUGUGAUAUUUAGCUUGACUGACAAUCAGCAUACCGACAGUAUACUCGUCAAAAGUCAAAUAGGCAUCACUUCCUCCGACCAGGAGUCUAAUGCUAGUUCUGCAUUAUCCUUUGUUCGAACAUCAGUAUUAAGUACUGCUAGAGAUACUAGUCGGAAGUUUGUUGUAGUGUUCUCUGAUGAAAGUUUGACAGACGUGGAUGCAAUUGUUUCUGAGAGACAGGCGCUGAAUAUGGAUAAUGUCACCGUGGCGUUUGUUCCAGUUGGAAGCUCUGUUGAUCCUGACACUGUGUAUUCUAUAGCUUACGACGCCAGCGAUGUCUACUAUAUUGGGCAAGACAAGGAGGACCAUGAUGAAGAGAGGCUAAAGGCCUUGGUAGCCCGAACGGCUCACGAUCCUAUGAUGAAGACGUUCGGAGAGGUUGUUUUAUAUUUCUUGCUGGCACUAUUGAAAACAAAUGCCUGCCUUGGAAUGCCAUGUGAGAAUGGUGCCACAUGUACAACAGUCGGUACUACGUACAAGUGCACGUGUACGCCUGCUUACUACGGAUCAACAUGCUCAUACGUGAACGGUUGCCUCUCCAAUCCUUGUGCUAAUGGAGGAACAUGUACCAAGGUAGACUCUGACUUUAGAUGUGGAUGUACUAAUGAGCACCAAGGAGAAACCUGUCAGCAACGAAGUCCAUGUUAUGGACAACCUUGCAAGAAUGGAGCCACGUGCCAAUAUUCUGGGACAACAUACACGUGCGCCUGUAACUCCGGAUUCUAUGGAGUCGACUGUGAAAAUGUUGAUGCUUGCCUCAGCUCGCCUUGUCAAAACGGCGCUACCUGUCAUAGAGUCGGACCGAAUUUCAACUGUUCAUGUACAGAUCGCUAUACUGGGUCACGUUGUAGCGAAGAUUGUAGACCAGGACCAGCCGAUAUCGUUAUCAUAUUAGAUGGCUCAACUAGCACCGAGCAAGUGUUUAAUUCUUCCAGACAGUUUGCCAUAUCGUUUGUGGAAGGCUUGUCCAUAGACUCAGAUGAUUUCCGAGUAGCAAUGAUUACAUAUUCAGUAGAUGUGUAUGUUGAAUUUGAGUUUAAUACACAUACAAAUAAAUCGUCUUUACUUGCUGCUAUGAACAAUGUUUCCAGUAGGGCAGGCGUAUCCUAUCUACACACAGCUCUGAGGAAGGCCAAGGAGAUAUUAAUUUCCGAAUCAUCACCAGGAGUGCAGAAAUAUGUCCUCGUGGUAUCAGAUGGGCUUUCCACUCGCCGACAACAGGCCAUACGGCAGUCCCGAUUACUACGAAAUUAUGGUGUUAAGGUUCUUUGCGUUGGGAUAGGAAGGCAGGUAGCUCAAGAGGAACUGCUGCAGAUAGCCUCAGAUAUUCCUUAUGUCUUCACUUCAGACAACAAUGACGCCCUCAAUGCUGUUCUUAUGGAGACCGCUAACGUGGGUUGCACAGACUGCGUCCUAAAUAACGCCUCCGAUAUUGUAUUGCUGGUAGAUGUGUCUAAACACCAGAACAAUCAACUGCAGAGAACACUAGACAUAAUUAGAUUCUUUAUACAACAGACCCGGGCAUAUAUCUCCGAUACAAGGUUUGCUUUGGUCACAUUCGACGUUCGUCAACAUGUGAUAUUUAGCUUGACUGACAAUCAGGAUACCGACAGUAUACUCGUCAACAGUCAAAUAGGCAUCACUUCCUCUGACCAGGAGUCUAAUGCCAGUUCUGCAUUAUCCUUUGUUCGAACAUCAGUAUUAAGUACUGCUAGAGAUACUAGUCGGAAGUUUGUUGUAGUGUUCUCUAAUGAAGGUUUGACAGACGUGAAUGCAAUUGUGUCCGAGAGACAGGUGCUGGAUAUGGAUAAUGUCACCGUGGCGUUUGUUCCAGUUGGAAACUCUGUUGAUCUUGACACGGUGUAUUCUUUAGCUUACGACGCCAGCGAUGUCUACUAUAUUGGGCAAGACAAGGAGGAUCAUGAUGAAGAGAGGCUAAAGGCCUUGGUAGCCCGAACGGCUCACGUAGAAUGUGAUUCUGAUCUGUUUUCUAAACGACAAUGA